UCCCCUCACCUGAAAGAUUUGAAGUUCUGGACACACGAGAGAACCAUCAUCACCUACUACAACGACAAAAACUAAUUGAAAUUUUCAAUUUUAUUUUGUUUUUUCAUGAACACAAAAACGAACCAUUUUCUUUCUUUUUUAGUUUUUGGUUUAAACAAACACACAACAGAAAAAAGAAAAAAAAAAGCAAAACAGUACAACAACGACAACAACAGCAAUUUUCACAAAUUGUUCCUGUUUCUCGUUAUCCUUUGUCCCUCGCUCCUUUUCUGUGUGUGUAUGAAGAGCUUGUUUCUCUCACAACACAACAACCUUAACCUCUUUUCUUCUUCUUCUUCUCACUAUACAACCUCGUAACUCACGUUCCAGUAAUAGAAACUCGUGCAUCACCUCUUCGAUUUGUUAAUGCCAUUGAUUGCUUCAUGCAACAAGUUUGAAACAAAUUCACACCACCCUUUAAGUUCUCAUCGAUUUCAGAACUCUUUUUAUUUUCUUUUGUUGCAGUGUGUUUGUCUGGUUAAUCAAUAAGACAGUGUUUGGAGCCUAAAAUCUCAAAAGGGUGUCUUCAAUUUCGCGUUUUUGGACAAUGCAGUGUUGAAACUCGAAGUGGGGGUGGUGAAUUCUCAUUUGGUAGGGAAAAGUGAUAUUUCGGUGGUGGGGUGGUGGAAUCAAUUGGCGUGAUGGUGUUAUCAGCUUCGCCAUGUUCCUUGGCGAGGAGCUCGCUGGAAGAGAUGCUUGAUUCGCUUCGACGGAGGGACGAAGAGGAAGAAAAGAAAAAGGACUCGCCGCCGGCGUUGCCUGCGAGGCCGGCCUCGCGGGCCCGGCUUCCUCCGGCGCGACGAUCACUGCCUAAUGACUUUAAGGUAGGCGGCAGCGACCAAGUUGUCGUGCCGGAGAAGGGAAUUGGUUCCAAUGAAGAUGGUGAGGUGAAGGAAAAAGACUCGGGGCAUAAGAGGAGGAGGAGUGAUUUUGGAAACAAAAGGAUGAAGAGGGAUGAGGAGUCGCCUUAUGUGACAGUAUCUUCCGCUGCUUCAUCAGGGAUGGUUUGGGAAUUGGAGGGUGAUGAUCACAUUUCUUAUUUCAUGAAAAAGAAGCUUCGGGUUUGGUGUAGGCAACCAAGAGGGCAAUGGGAGCUAGGAACGAUACAGUCAACUUCAGGAGAGGAAGCACGUGUUUCACUCUCAAAUGGAAAUGUUAUGAAAGUGGCCAGAUCAGAGAUCCUACCAGCUAAUCCUGAUAUUUUGGAGGGUGUGGAUGAUCUUAUUAAGCUUGGUUAUCUGAAUGAGCCAUCGGUUCUUCACAAUCUUAAGUCUAGAUAUUCUCGGGGGAUGAUUUAUAGUAAAGCGGGGCCUGUUUUAAUUGCACUGAAUCCCUUCAAAGAUCUUCAGAUUUAUGGAAAUGAUUAUGUCUCAGCAUAUAGGCAGAGAUCUGUUGAUAGUCCUCAUGUUUAUGCUAUGGCAGAUGCAGCUUAUAACAAUAUGAUAAGAGAUGAAGUAAAUCAGUCCAUUAUCAUAAGUGGUGGGAGUGGAUCAGGGAAGACAGAGACAGCUAAAAUUGCAUUACAAUACUUAGUUGUUCUUGGUGGUGGUGGCAGUGGCAGUUAUGGAAUAGAAAAGGAAAUUCUUCAGACAAAUUGUAUUCUGGAAGCUUUUGGGAAUGCAAAAACAUCUAGGAAUGACAACUCUAGCAGAUUUGGAAAGUUGAUUGAAAUUCAUUUCAGCUCCAUGGGUAAAAUAUGUGGGGCCAAAAUUCAAACCUUUCUGUUGGAAAAGUCCAGAGUUGUUCAACUGGCCAGUGGUGAGAGAUCCUAUCACAUAUUCUAUCAACUUUGUGCUGGAUCUUCGUCUGGUCUUAAAGAGAAAUUGAAUCUUAGAGCAGUCAGUGAAUAUAAAUAUCUAAACCAGAGUGACUGCAUGAUAAUUGAUGCUGUUGAUGAUGCUAAAAACUUUCAUCAGCUGAUGAAAGCGUUGGACACUGUUCAAAUUUGUAAAGAGGAUCAAGAGCUGAUCUUUAAGAUGCUUGCUGCAAUACUAUGGAUGGGAAAUAUAUCAUUCCAUAUUACUGACAGUGAAAAUCACAUUGAGGUUGUUGAUGAUGAAGCUGUAAUCAGUGCUGCCCGGCUGAUGGGUUGUAGUUCCCUGGAUUUAGUGGCGGCACUAUCUACCCAUAAAAUCCAUUCUGACAAGGAUACUAUUGCCAAAAGUUUGACAUUGCGUCAGGCAAUUGAAAGAAGAGAUGCAAUUGCAAAAUUUAUCUAUGCAAGCUUGUUUGACUGGCUUGUAGAACAAGUUAACAAGUCACUUGAAGUGGGUAAAAAAAGUACUAGGAAAUCCAUAAGUAUCCUUGAUAUUUAUGGAUUUCAGACAUUCCAGACAAACAACUUUGAACAGUUUUGUAUAAAUUAUGCCAAUGAGAGACUUCAACAACAUUUUAAUCGGCAUUUGUUUAAACUUGAGCAGCAGGACUAUGAAUUGGAUGGUGUUGAUUGGACUAAUGUAGAUUUUGAGGACAAUCAAGGGUGCUUGGAUCUAUUUGAGAAGAAACCUGUGGGUCUUAUCUCUUUGUUGGAUGAGGAGUCAAGUUUACCCAAGGCUUCGGAUUUAACAUUUGCUAACAAACUUAAGCAUCGUCUAGAUGCUAAUCCUUGCUUCAAAGGUGAAAGAGGCAGAGCUUUCCGAGUUCGUCACUAUGCAGGGGAGGUUUUGUAUGAUACAAAUGGCUUUCUAGAAAAGAACAGAGAUACAUUGUCUUUUGAUUCCAUUCAACUCCUGUCAUCAUGUAAUUGUAAACUGCUGCAGCUGUUCUCCAAAAUGUUUAACCAGUGUCAAAAGCAGAGUGUUGGAACUAAAUUCAAGGAUCAAUUGUUCAAGUUGAUGCACCAUUUGGAGAGCACCAACCCUCACUUUAUUCGCUGCAUAAAGCCAAAUACUAAGCAGCUUCCUGGCAUUUAUGAUGAUGACCUUGUCCUACAACAGCUCAGGUUUUUUGGAGUUCUACAAGUUGUUAGACUUUCAAGAGCUGGAUAUCCUACUCGCAUGACCCAUCAAGAGUUUUCAAGAAGGUAUGGAUUUCUGCUUUCUGAGGGCAAUGUAUCCAAGGAUCCAUUGAGCAUAUCAGUUGCUGUUUUGCAAAACUUUAACAUCCCUUCUGAAAUGUACCAAGUUGGCUACACCAAAUUGUUUCUUCGAGCAGGGCAGAUUGGUGCACUGGAGGACAAGAGGAAACAUGUUUUGCAGGGAAUACUUGGGAUUCAAAAAUACUUCCGUGGUUGUCAAGCUCGUGGUUAUUUCCGUGAACUUAAGAAUGGAGUCACAACAUUACAAUCAUUUAUUCGUGGAGAAAUUACAAGAAGGAAAUAUGGUGUUGCGAUGAAGUCUUCAAUAACAAUUUAUUCUAGAAAACUGGAGGAGAUCCAUGCAAUCAUACUAUUACAAUCUGUAAUUCGUGGGUGGCUGGUUAGAAAGGAUGUUAGUCACAUGAAUAACAUGAUUAGGUUGAAGAAACAUCCUGAAAAUGCUAAACCUAGGCGGAAGUCCCGUAUGAAGAUACCAGAAGUAAAGGAUUUAUCUAGAGAGCCUGUGCAGAAUCUACUUACUGCUUUUGCUGAACUCAAAAAGCAGUUUGAGAAAGCUGAUUCAAUAGUGGAGCAAAAGGAAGAGGAAAAUACUGAAUUAAGGGAACAGCUAAAACAAUCUGAGAGAAAGAGGAUAGAAUAUGAGACAAAAAUGAAAUCAAUGGAGGAUGCUUGGCAAAAACAAAUGGCAUCUUUGCAAAUGAGUCUUGUUGCAGCUAGAAAAAGCCUUGCUCCCGAGAAUGCUAUCGUUCAACCUGUAAGACGUGAUCUUGUGUCGCCUCGCGGUUAUGAUUCUGAAGAUGCUAUUUCCAUGGGAUCUCGAACACCUGGUGGGAGCACACCAAAGUUUUCUAGUAGUCUAUCUGUCUCUGAUGCAGGGAGACAGGUCAAUGGUACAUUGACCACAGUCAGCAAUCUGAUGAAGGAAUUUGAGCAGCAAAGGCAGAACUUUGACGACGAAGUAAAAGCUCUGAUUGAGGUUAAACAGGGGCAGUCUACCACUGCAAAAUCCGGUGAAGAACUUCAGAAACUUAAACAUAGAUUUGAAGGAUGGAAGACACAGUACAAGGUUAGAUUACGUGAGGCUAAAACAAGGCUUCGAAAGUUAGGAAAUUCAGAAACUGAGAAAAGCCGGCGAACAUGGUGGGAGAAGUUAAGCUUAAGAGCAUAAUAGUAAUCAGUGUUCAAACUCUCUCUUCGCUGAGUGUAGAAAUACUGAAGAUUCAGCAAAAUUGACAAAAUGAUUGUUUUCAUGAACUUUGUCCUUUUAAAAGUGUUACCAAAUUAGAAUUUGGUGAAGGGAAAGAAAUUGUAUAUUUACCAAUUUUGUCACUAAUGGAAGUAUCAUAGGUUGUGCAUAGUUUUAGACUUGUAGGAUCUCAUAGUGGUAUUGGUUAGUCCAUAGAUUGCUUAUGUAUAUCUUUUUCCCUUUUUUUUUUGGGUGAUUAAACAGUAAUUGUUCAUUGUAUAUUCUGUUGUUGCUGAUGUUUUCUAAAUUCAGCUUCGAAGAUAUGAAUAGCAAGUGUUGGUAUCUUCAAUGUUCAGGAAAAAAGAAUUUUCUGGCUGUUUUG